AUGCAGUUUCCAGUUACAACCCAGGGAUCACAACGAACACAACCGCCACAGAAGCAUUAUGGCAUUACCUCUCCCAUCAGUUUAGCGGCCCCCAAAGAGACAGACUGCAUACUCACACAGAAACUAAUUGAAACCCUAAAGCCCUUUGGGGUUUUUGAAGAGGAAGAGGAACUGCAGCACAGGAUUUUAAUUUUGGGAAAAUUAAAUAACCUGGUAAAAGAAUGGAUACGGGAAAUCAGUGAAAGCAAGAAUCUUCCACAGUCUGUAAUUGAAAAUGUUGGAGGAAAAAGUUUUACAUUUGGAUCCUACAGAUUAGGAGUUCAUACAAAAGGUUCUGAUAUUGAUGCAUUGUGUGUUGCACCAAGACAUGUUGACCGAAGUGACUUUUUCACCUCAUUCUAUGAAAAAUUGAAGCUACAGGAAGAAGUAAAAGAUUUAAGGGCUGUUGAAGAGGCAUUUGUACCAGUUAUCAAGGUAUGUUUUGAUGGUAUAGAGAUUGAUAUUUUGUUUGCAAGAUUAUCACUGCAGACUAUUCCUGAAGAUUUGAACCUUCGUGAUGACAGUCUACUAAAAAAUUUAGAUAUUAGAUGCAUAAGAAGUCUUAAUGGUUGCAGGGUAACCGAUGAAAUUUUACAUCUAGUACCAAACAUUGACAACUUCAGGUUAACUCUGAGAGCUAUCAAACUUUGGGCCAAACGCCACAACAUCUAUUCCAAUAUAUUAGGUUUCCUCGGUGGUGUUUCCUGGGCUAUGCUAGUAGCAAGAACUUGCCAGCUUUAUCCAAAUGCAAUAGCAUCAACUCUUGUACAUAAAUUUUUCUAGGUAUUUUCUAAAUGGGAAUGGCCAAAUCCAGUGCUAUUGAAACAACCAGAAGAAUGCAAUC